CAGCGGCGACUGCGCCGUCGUUCCCUUUCCUCCCUUCACCCCGCCCGCGGCCUGUCUGUUUACGUGGAGACGAAGAUGGCGGCGGCGGCAGCACCGCCGGGGACGCUCCUUCUGUGAGCCGGCCACGGGAGUUGGCGCGGGGCCGGAGGCGGCGGAGCGCAGCGCAGCGCCUGGGACAGCCUGCAGCCCUGCCUUCCAUUUCAAGCGGAUCCUUCUCUUUGCUCUUUCUUUCCCUUCCUCUCCAGCGCGGGCCAUGGAGGACGAGGAGCGGCAGAAGAAGCUGGAGGCCGGUAGAGCCAAGCUUGCCCAGUUUCGGCAAAAGAAAGCACAGUCUGAUGGGCAGAAUCCUUCCAAGAAGCAGAAAAGGAAGAAGAAGUCAUCAGCCAGAAAAUAUGAAGAUUCUUCAUAUACUUCCAAUAUUGAUCAGUCACAGGGUGAUACAUUAUUCAUGAAUAGCUCUCAGAGAGGAGCAUCCAUGACUCCUGAAUUCAGUAUAAUGAGAUCUUUACAUAGUGGAGAGAUCAUCAAACAUGAUCAGUCCUAUACUAUUGAACCAGAAAGUGAAAUUUCAACCACAGCGGAUGACUAUAGUUCAGAGGUAAAUGGUUGCAGUAUGGUGAGAGCAGAUAUUCCUACACAUUUAUUAAUGGAAGAAGAAUUUGGAGUUGAUGAGUCUUAUUCUGAACAAGGAGCACAGUAUGUCUCUUCGACACGACUAGAGAUGAUGGAGAAUGAAUUGGCUGGGAAACAGCAAGAGAUUGAAGAACUAAACAGAGAGCUAGAGGAGAUGAGGGCAGCAUAUGGCACAGAAGGAUUGCAACAGCUUCAAGAAUUUGAAGCUGCAAUUAAGCAAAGAGAUGGCAUCAUAACCCAACUUACUGCUAACCUACAACAAGCAAGAAGAGAAAAAGAUGAGACUAUGAGAGAAUUUUUAGAGCUGACAGAACAAAGCCAAAAGUUGCAAAUUCAGUUCCAACAUUUACAGGCUAGUGAAACUCUGAGAAAUAGCAGCCAUAGUAACACAGCUGCAGAUUUACUUCAAGCCAAACAACAGAUUCUCACUCAUCAGCAGCAGCUAGAAGAACAAGACCAUCUAUUAGAAGAUUAUCAAAAGAAGAAAGAAGAAUUCAAAAUGCAAAUUAAUUUAUUGCAAGAGAAAAUUAGAACUUAUGAGAUGAGGGAACAAAAUAAAAAAGAAGACUCAAGUAAAAAGGAACUACAGGAAAAGGAAUCAAUCAUUGAAGAGUUAAAAACAAAAAUAUUAGAAGAAGAAAGAAACUCACUUGAACUGAAGGAAAAAAUAUCAGCUACUGAUAAAUUACUAGAAGAAUUCAAAGAACAGAUUAUAGAAAAGAAUCAAGAAAUAAAUAGUAUUAGACUAGAACUAACUAAUUCUAAACAGAAAGAAAGACAGUGUUCUGAUGAAAUAAAACAAUUAAUGGGAACUGUUGAAGAACUUCAAAAGAAAAAUCAUAAAGACAGCCAAUUUGAAAGUGAUAUGAUACAGAGAAUGGAACAAGAAACUCAAAGGAAAUUGGAACAACUCCGGGCAGAGCUAGAUGAAAUGUAUGGUCAGCAGAUUGUGCAGAUGAAACAAGAGUUAAUAAAGCAGCAUGUGUUACAAAUAGAUGAACUUAAUGCACGACAUAAAGGAGAACUGGAAAAUACUUUAAAAUCAUGUCCAAAUAUUACCGUAAAUGAAGAUCAAAUACAGUUAUUGAAUAUGGCAAUUAAUGAAUUGAAUUCAAAACUUCAAGAUGCUAAUUCUCAAAGGGAAAAAAUAAAAGAACAAUUAGAAGUAAUUUCAGGAGAAAAGUCUACUCUACAAAGACAACUUGAAGACCUUUUUGAAGAAUUAAGCUUUUCAAGGGACCAAAUUCAAAGAGCUAGACAGACAAUAGUUGAGCAGGAAGGUAAACUUAAUGAAGCACAUAGAUUGCUUAGCGGUGUGGAAGAUCUGAAAGCUCAGAUUGUUUCUGCAUCUGAAUUCAGGAAGGAGUUAGAAUUAAAACACGAGGCUGAAGUUACCAACUACAAGAUAAAGCUUGAAAUGCUAGAGAAAGAAAAGAAUGCUGUGUUGGACAGAAUGGCUGAGUCUCAAGAAGCUGAGUUAGAAAGACUGAGAACUCAGCUGCUAUUCAGUCAUGAAGAGGAGCUCUCUAAACUCCAGAAAGACUUAGAAAUUGAACAUCAAAUAAAUAUAGAAAAACUUAAAGAUAAAUUAGGUAUUCACUAUAAACAGCAGAUAGAGGAAUUACACAGUGAAAUGAGUCAAAAAAUAGAAACCAUGCAAUUUGAAAAGGACAAUUUAAUAACUAAGCAGAAUCAAUUACUUUUAGAAAUUUCAAAGCUGAAAGAUUUACAGCAAUCUCUUGUAAAUUCACAAUCAGAAGAGAUGACCCUUCAAAUCAGUGAACUUCAGAAAGAGAUUGAAGUACUCAGACAGGAAGAAAAGGAAAAAGGCACACUUGAACAAGAAGUACAGGAGUUACAACUUAAAACUGAAUUUUUGGAGAAACAAAUAAAAGAGAAAGAAGAUAAUCUUCAAGAAAAAUUUACACAACUUGAAGCUGAGAACAACAUUCUUAAAAAUGAAAAGAAAGCUCUUGAAGACAUGUUGAAAAUAUAUGUGCCUAUUAGCAAAGAAGAAAGCUUGAUUAUCAUAGAUUCAGCAAAGUCCAAGUCUGAAGACUAUGACUGGCAAAAAAAAAUGGACAUACUCCUUGAGGAAAAUGAGAAACUCACAAAGCAAUGCAAUCAGCUAAAUGAAGAGAUUGAGAAGCAAAGGAACACAUACUCGUUUGCUGAAAAGAAUUUUGAGGUUAACUAUCAGGAGUUACGGGAAGAAUAUGCUUGUCUUUUAAAGGUCAAAGCUGAUCUAGAGGACAGCAAAAGCAAACAGGAAGCAGAAUACCAAAUGCAGCUACAGGCUCUUAGCGAUGAACUUUGUAAUUUACAGAGAAUUAAGCCAAUUUUAGAGAAGACUAAAAGUUUAGAUUCUGAAAGCUGUAAAGAUGACAAACCUUUCACAACAGAAAUUUCUGAAGUUGGCGAAGUUGUUGAGAAAGAUACUACAGAACUUAUGGAAAAGCUUGAGGUGACCCAGCGAGAGAAAUUAGAACUGUCAGAAAGACUAUCAGAUCUUUCUGAACAACUAAAGCAGAAGCAUGGCGAAAUUGAUCACUUAAGCGAGGAAGUUAAGUCUUUAAAGCAAGAGAAAGAACAAGUUUUAAAAAAGUGCAAAGAGCUAGAAAUCAUAGUUGGCCACAGUCGAGCAGAACAUAUGGAUGAGUUAAAACUUAAGCUGUGCAAUUUUAAAGAUGGCAUUCAGACAGAGGAAAGUAAAUAUUCUGACAGUCUUGUGUUUAAAAAAAAUAAAGACUUUAGUGAAGGGGCAAAAAUCAUAGAGGAAAGUAAAAUUUCAUCUGAAGAUGCAACUAUUAAAAGAGAAUGUAAACAAGGAUUGGUAAAACCAGAAAAAUAUUCACUUUUGUAUCACUUGGACUCCGUGACUGACCAGUUGGCUAACGAGUCCACAUCAUCAUCUUUGGCUAUUGCACAGAGUGAAAAUUACCAACUUCAGCAAGAACUCCGUAUUCUGAAAUCUGAACAGGCAGAUUUGCGACUUCAGAUGGAGGCCCAGCGCCUUUGCCUUUCCUUGGUUCAUUCAGCUCAUGUGAAGCAGGUACAGGCAUGCAUGGAAGAGGAAACAGCCAGUGCACUGAGCAGCCUCAGAGAGGGCCUUGUUUCUGCUCAUGAAGAAGAGAUGAAGGAGCUUCAGAAAAUGCAUCAUUUAGAACUACAGAACAGAAAGGGACAAAAAACAGAUGAGGAAGUAAUGUCUUUAGAGAUUCUUAUGGAAAAACUCCACAGAGCAGUGACUGAGGAAUGUUCUUGUUUUAAUCAGUCUCUAUGUAAUGUCCUUGGUGCAUAUAACACAACUCCUUUCAAAUAUGAAAUAAAAGUAGAAGAAAAAGAAGUUUCCAAUAUUUAUUCCCCAGAAGUUCAAGAAGAUAGCUCAGAAUUGCAGAAUUAUACAUUUGAAGCUUCAGAUUUGCAAUCAAAUAUGCAAUCUCUUGUUAACAAAAUAGCAGAAGAAUACAACAAGCUGUUGGUACUUCAAUCACAACUAACCAGGAAUUGUGAAAAGAUUCAAGAACAGGUAGAAAAUGCAAAACUUGAAUUUGCAAAAGAGGAGGAAAUAACAAAUCUCAAGACAGUAAAGCCAAAGUGUUUAUUGGUCUCUUCUCAGACAAAAGAUAUUGAUGUAGAAAAUUUGCCUCCUUUAGAAGGCAUAGAAAAACUGAAAAAUCAACUGGAAGCACAAGAUAUUCAAGGACAAGGACACUUUACAUGUAAUUUCCAGCCACAGUUGAAGGAAAUCGAAGUAAAGGACCCUUCAGAGAUCUUCCAUUUGCAAAAGGAACAUCAGCCUGUUAAAGAAACAGUUCUUCAGCCAAGCAUAUUCACUGAAUCACUGACAAAUACAGAUCAGGUUAUGAGCAAAACGAAAUAUAUGGAAAGUUGUCUUCAGAAGACUGAAGAUGGUUCAGCGGAGUUUACUGAUGAAACUGAAAUGAAAGAAGAAAUGGAUAUUCAGUUAUUGAAAAAACAGUACCAAGAAAGACUAGAAGAAGAAGUGGCUAAGGUCAUUGUGUCAAUGAGCAUAGCAUAUGCUCAGCAGAGUGAAAUAGCAAGAAUUUCUAGGCAAAAGGGAGAUACUGCAUCAGUGGCACAAAUAAAUGCCUAUCAACAAAAGGAACUCUUUUCAAGUGAUAUGAAGUGUUCCAGGAAUGAGAUUAGCAUACAGACUUUUGAGCCAGAAGAAAUGAAAUUUAAAGAACUGAAGCCACUUAGCAAAGAACUGAGAGAAGAAGAGUUCAAGGAAAUUCUUUUAUCAAAUAGUAGUAAUCUUGAAAGCACAUUUGAAUUCAAGGACCAAGAACUAGAUUUUUCAAGAGAAGUUUUCUCUUCAAGCGGAAAGUUUAUUUUUACAGAACAUACCCAAGAUGAGAUGUUGGCAUCAAACACAGAGGCUUCUAGGCAGCUGAUGAUGAAUGAAGAGCAGCUAGAAGAUCUGAGGCAGGAGUUGGUACGGCAGUACCAGGAGCACCAGCAGGCCACAGAGCUAUUGAAACAAGCUCACAUGCACCAAAUGGAAAGACAAAGGGAAGAUCAUGAACAACUGCAGGAAGAGAUCAGGAGACUUCACCGGGAGUUGGCCCAGAGUGCCUCAAUAGAUAAUGAAAACCUGGUUACAGAGAGAGAAAGGGUGCUUUUAGAGGAGCUGGAAACCCUAAAGCAGCGAUCAUUAGAUGGAAGAGAGAAGCUGUGUUGUGAGCUGCGCAGCAGCUGUACGCAAACACAGGAUGAAAAUGAAAGCCAAGGAGAAAUCGAAGAACCAAUCUUUCAAGAAGAAUUGGAAGAAAAACCUCCAGUUGUGUCUUCUGACGUUCUGUCUAAAGAAAGAUAUGCUCUGCAGAAAGCUAAUAACAGACUCCUAAAGAUCCUCUUAGAAGUUGUAAAGACAAUAGCAGCUGUUGAAGAAACAAUUGGCCGUCACGUUCUCGGUAUUUUGGAUAGAUCUAAUAAAGGCCAGUCAUCAACCAAUAUUAUUUGGAAGUCAGAGUCAGAAGGAACAGUGAAGUCCUGCAUCCAUGCGGAAGACACAGAAGUGACUGAAGAAUCCAUGGACUCUUACUGUGGAAGUGGCUUGCCCAGUCAUGGCACUAGCACCUGGGCAGAAAUAACGGACGAAGGCAUGGAACUGUGUCAGCGGCUUCUAAGAUGUAGUCUGGCCGGCACGGAAAUAGACCCGGAGAACGAAGAGCUCGUCCUGAAUGUUAGCUCUCGGCUCCAGGCGGCCGUUGAGAAACUUCUAGAAGCCAUAAGUGAAACGAGCAGUCAGCUUGAACAUGCUAAAGUUACACAGACAGAGCUGAUGCGUGAGUCAUUCAGACAGAAGCAGGAGGCCACAGAGUUUCUAAAAUGCCAAGAAGAGUUACAAGAACGACUCAAUGAAGAGUUGAAAGCUAGAGAACAAUUGGCUGUGGAGCUUAGUAAGGCAGAGGGUAUCAUUGAUGGCUAUGCAGAUGAAAAAGCACUUUUUGAAAGGCAAAUUCAGGAAAAAACUGACAUUAUUGACCACCUUCAGCAGGAGUUGUUAUGUGUAGGUAACAGAUUACAGGAAUUGGAAGCUGAGAGACAACAAAUCCAAGAAGAAAGAGAAUUACUUUCUAGACAGAAAGAUGCCAUGAAAGCAGAAGCAGGACCAGUUGAACAACAAUUACUGCAAGAAACAGAAAAGCUGAUGAAGGAAAAACUGGAAGUACAGUGUCAAGCUGAAAAAGUCUGUGAUGACCUUCAGAAACAAGUGAAAACUCUGGAAAUGGAUGUGGAGGAACAGGUCAGCCGCUUUAUGGAACUAGAACAAGAGAAGAAUGCCGAACUGAUGGAUCUGAGACAGCAAAACCAGGCCCUAGAGAAACAGCUGGAGAAAAUGAGAAAGUUUUUAGAUGAACAGGCAGUUGAUCGAGAACAUGAAAGAGAUGUGUUCCAACAAGAAAUACUGAAACUGGAACAGCAGCUAAAGGCUACCCCAAAGUUCCAGCCUAUCAGUGAGCACCAGACUAGAGAGGUUGAGCAGUUAACAAAUCAUCUCAAAGAAAAAACAGACAAAUGCAGUGAACUCCUACUGUCAAAAGAACAACUUCAAAGGGAUGUGCAAGAACGGAAUGAAGAGAUUGAGAAAUUGGAAUCUCGAAUAAGAGAACUGGAACAAGCUUUACUUAUUAGUGCGGACAAUUUACAAAAGGUAGAGAACCGAAAACAUUUUGGAGCUGUAGAAGCCAAACAAUUGCCUCUAGAAGUACAAUUACAGGCAGAACGAGAAGCUUUGGAUAGAAAGGAAAAAGAGAUCACAAACUUGGAAGAGCAGUUAGAGCAGUUCAGAGAAGAGCUGGAGAACAAGAACGAAGAAGUCCAGCAGCUGCACAUGCAGUUAGAAAUACAGAAGAAGGAGGCCGCGACGCGCCUGGAAGAGCUCGAGCAGGAGAAUCGAUUGUUCAAGAAUGAAAUGGAAAGACUAGGCUUUGCUGUACAAGAGUUUGAAGACGUCUCCACAAAGGACCACCAUCAGCUAUUUGGAAAAUUUACCCAGAUGAUAGAGGAGAAGGAAUUAGAAAUUGGCAGGCUAAAUGACCAAAUUACAAGUCUUCAGCAGCAGCUUGAAACUACAACAGAUAAUAAGAUUAUUGAGGAAAAAAACCAACUGAUACAGUACCUGGAAUCUCAGCUGGAGUAUCUAAAGAGUGACCAAGAACGUAUCAAGAAAAAUAGUGAAGAAGAAAUAGAACAGCUCAGUGACGUGAUUGAAAAACUUCAACAGGAAUUGUCGAGCAUCGAACAGAAGGCACCGGCAGACUUCUCUUCCCUUCCAGAGGAACCAAAUGACCUGAAACAGCAGCUGGAGGCAGCGAGAGCAGACAAGCUGGCCCUGGAGCAAGAAGUAGGGAGAACCCGCGAGGAGGCAGCCCUGGCCCAUGCUGGGCUCCGGGAGAGCAGUGCCCGCAUGAACCGUCUGCAGGAAGAGCUGGACGCCUUGAGGGAGAAGCAGCGUAGCUGGGAUCAGACCAAGAGCCCCAGGGGCAGUGUGCAGGGUGCCAGCCAGAGUCAGCCUAGGCAGCUGGGGACAGAAGACUCCAAAAGCCUCCAGACACCAGCUGGAAAGAGCAGAGACUUCGAGGGCGAGCUGGAGCCAGCCCUCUGGCAGCUGGGAGAGAAAGAAGCAGAGCCUGGAUGGAUGGAGGACUCGAAGGGACAGUGUCGGGCCAACAGGGAAACUCUUCAGAGGGAGGUCAGCAGCCUCCGGGCAGCGCUUGAGGAGAAGGUGGCCGCCCUUGUGGUGAGUCAGGCCCAGCUCAGAGCCAUCCAGGAGCAUGUGAGCCGGUGGCAACAGAGGCCCGCGGUGGUGUCCGAGCUGUCUGGAGGAGCCCCGGGGGCCCAAGGAGACAGCCGGCCACUCUGCCAGAAGCAGCCUAAGGAAGCUGCAGAGGAAAGGAAGGAAAAGAAGUCUCUGGGCCUCAAGGAGACCCCAGAGGAGGCAGAGAAAAAAGAAGAAAAGGAGGAAGACUCAGACUUGGCCCAUGUAAGCUCAGACUCACUAUUUUUUUCCCCCAAACACUCUACUCUUACUUUAGGAUUAAGGACUCUAACUGACACCAAGGCUGAAAAACUUAAAGAAAUGCCAGUCAGAGAAGCCAAUAAGGCACUUCAGGAAGAACUAAGUCAAAUUAAGCACCAGCUCAUGGAAGCUGAAAAAAAACUGGACUAUUAUUUGAAAAAGGAAGGUGAACUUCGAGGAUCGGAAAGCCAAAAGGCCUCAUGGGAAUUAGGACAGUUUCCAGCUGAGAGGGAUUCUCCUCUGACGGGUCAAAACUCCUCAUCCCAGAUGGACAGAAUCCUUCAGGUGAGCAGCGGCCAUCAGACUCCCCACAUCGUCGUUAAACACACGGGAAUCCAAAGCGACCCGCCAAGCAGCUGCCCGGCGGAAGAUGUCACUGAGCUCAGAAAGCAGCUCACUGAGAAGAUGGCGCACAUGCAGGAGCUUCAUGCCGCCGAGAUCCUGGACAUGGAGGCCCGGCACAUCCGCGAGACGGACAGCCUGAAGAGAGAGCAGGCGGUGGCCGUGCGCUUACUGACGGAGGAGUGUGGCGCGCUGAAGGCCGCCAUCCACUGUCUGCGAGCCAGAGAGGGAGUUUCAGUUCCUGGAUCAACUCGCUCUGACUCUUAUCAAAGUAGAGAAAUGUGUUCCAGUGAUUCUGGAUCAGACUGGAGUCAAGGUGUUUAUCUUACACAAAGUCAGGGCUUUGAUUCAGCAUCAGAUGGCCCAGGAGAAGAAGGUGAAAGUUCAACAGAUUCAUUUCCAAAGAGAAUAAAGGGGUUGCUGAGAGCCGUCCAUAACGAGGGUAUACAAGUCCUCUCUCUCACUGAGCCCCCCUAUAGUGAAGGAGAUGCCAGUUUUGCUCAGCAAGCUUCAGAAUUUUGGCUGGAAGAAAGAAAAACUUACCUCAACACAAUCUCAUCUCUUAAGGAUUUAAUUACCAAAAUGCAGGUUCUAAGGGAAACCGAGCUUUAUGAGAGCUCUCAGCCCCAAGAGAAUCCUCCCGACUGGCGAGGUGAAUUUCUACAUGCCCUUCAACAAGUCUUUCUGAUGGAACGAAACAUUCUUCUAGCCAUGUUUAAGACACAUGUGACGGCUCUAGGCACUAGAGAUGUUCUUGGCUUGCUAAACCAGGUGGAACAGAGAUUACAAGAACAGGGCCUUGAAUACCAAGCUGCCAUAGAAUAUAUUCAGAGUGCAGAUAGGAGAAGCUUAUUAACAGAAAUUCAAACACUACAAGCUCAAAUGAAGAGUAAAAUAAUGGCCCUGAAGAGAGAACAAGAGAGCGAUUUACAAAACCAAGAGCUGUUAGAGCACAACAUGCAGCAGAAGCAGGCUCAGAUCCUGGAGAUGCAGGUGGAACUGAGCACCUUGAAGGAGAGAGCAGCCGAGCUUCAGGACCAGCUCAAUGCUGAGAGGAUGAGGGCUGCUGAGCUCCAGGAUGGACGGACUCAAGCAAAGCUGGAGCUUGAGACGACACUCAAAGCCCAGCAUAAGCAUCUAAAGGAGCUAGAAGCUUUCAGGAUGGAGGUUAAAGAAAAAACAGAUAAAGUUCAUUUAUUAAAUGAUACAUUAGCUAAUGAACAGAAAAAAACAAGAGAGCUUCAGUGGGCUUUGGAAAAGGAAAAAGCCAAAUUGGAACGUAACGAAGAAAGGGAAAGAGAAGAACUUGAGGAUCUAAAAUAUUCAUUAGAAGGUCAGAAACAAAGGAAUGUUCAAUUAAAUCAACUUUUAGAACAACAAAAACAGCUCCUGAGUGAUUUGCAACAGAAAAUAGUGGCCCAGGGAACUCUGUAUGAUGCUCAGAUAUCUGAAGAAAGAAGCCAAAAGUCAGAGCUUCAGGGACUACUUGAAUCAGAGAAAGUUCGAGUCCUGGAAAUGCAAGAGACCCUUGAAAGGGAAAGAGAAUUACAUGCUCAGCUCCAGGCUCAUGAUGACCAUGAGCAGGAUAAGGUAUCCACAUCAAAUGAGGACGUUCUCAAAGAACUGCAAAAACAAUUGUAUGAAAAACACAACCGCAUAGUGGAGUUGGUUAGUGCAAUUGAAAAAUAUAAGCUGGACUUUUUGCAAAUGAGACAGCAGACAGAAAAAGACAGGCAAAUGCAUAGGAAGACAUUGCUCACAGAACAACAAGCCAACACUGAGGGACUAAAAAAGAUCCAUGAGCUACAGUCAAAAUUGGAAGAUCUCCAUUGGCAGCUAGAAGAGAAAAGGCAACAAAUUUAUAAACUAGAACUUGAAAGGAAGAGAUCACAAGAAAUUAUACAGGAGCUUCAGAAGCAAGAACAGGAGAAGGAAGAAAAAAUUGAAACAGGAAGAAUAUCAUAUCAGAAUCUCAAUGAGCCAACCACAUGGGAUUCAUGCAGUGAUCGAACAAGAAAUUGGGUCCUCCAGCAGAAAAUUGAAGGAACUGAGGAAAAAGAAUCAAGUUAUCCCCCACUGAUUGAGAUGAAUGGGGAUGGAACAAUUGAGGAUAUUCACAAACCAGAGACCAUUAGACAAAAACUGCAGAUCAUAUCAUCAAAACUACAACAGCUGGCUCACAAAGCCUCUAGCAGGUUACAGUUUGAAGCAGCAGAUGAUGAAGAUCUUAUUUGGGUCCAGAAAAAUAUUGAUCACAUUCUUUUACAAUUACAAAAGUUUACUGGAUUAUCCCAGCAAGGGGAGGCCACUUUAGUAUCACCAGGCCUUUCUUGUAGCUCAUUGACAGAAAGAUUACUAAGACAAAAUGCUGAGCUAACAGGACAUAUCAGCCAGCUGACUGAGGAAAAGAAUGAUUUGAGAAAUGUGGUGAUGAAGCUGGAGGAGGAGAUCAGGUGGUUUCGGCAGACAGGACCUCGUGGAGACUAUUCUUCUCGACAUUCAUUCAAUCGUGGUACUAACAUUGAGGCUGUGAUAGCUUCUGAGAAAGAAAUUUGGAAUCGAGAAAAGCUAGCUCUCCAGAAGUCCCUGAGACAGGCUGAAGCUGAGGUUUGCAGAUUGAAGGCUGAACUGAGGAAUGAAGCUUUGUUGCAAGACUUGAAUCCCAACUCAGAAAGCGCAGCUUUAAAGAGAAUUUAUGGUAAAUAUUUGAGAGCAGAAAGUUUUCGGAAAGCUCUCAUCUAUCAGAAGAACUACCUGCUGCUAUUACUAGGUGGGUUCCAAGAAUGUGAAGAUGCCACUCUGGCCCUCAUUGCCCGAAUGGGUGGACAGCCAUCCUGUACAGACCUAACCGUCAUCACAAACCAGUCCAAAGGCUUCACCAGGUUUCGGUCGGCCGUUAGAGUUUCUAUUGCAAUUUCAAGAAUGAAGUUCCUAGUUCGCAGAUGGCAUCGGGUCACGGGUUCUUGUUCCAUUAGUAUUAAUAGGGAUGGCUUUGGACAGAAUCCAGGCACAGACAAGGCGGACCCAUUUUACCACUCGCCUGGUGGCCUGGAGCUGUGUGGAGAACAGAGACAGUCCUCCUACCGGUCCCGCUCCGACUUGGACUGCCCCAGGUCUCCUGUACACUUCCAGCCCAGGUACCAAAGCGCCCCGGCUGACUUGAACCCCGGCUCCCUGGCCUGCUCUCAGCUUCAGAAUUACGACCCCGACAGAGCUCUGACAGACUACAUCCACCGUCUGGAAGCCCUGCAGAGGCGGCUCGGCAGCGUCCAGUCCGGGUCAGCCGCGUUGUCCACUCAGUUUCAUGCUGGCAUGAGAAGAUAAUCCUUUGAACGGCGUCAUCGCUUGUAAUAAUCGCCUUUUGUAAAUGGACGCAUCUUUUGUGCUUUUGUAUCGUGUAUAUUUAACGGGACCAACGCAGACACAGCUCGACGAUUGUAUACGAAGCCCUGCCGACCCAUCGGAGCAAACUGGAAUUUAUGUAUAUAAGCACUGUGUGUUCGUGCACAACAAUCCCUAAAUGACGUGUACAUGUAUAUUUGUGGAAUGCUAAUUUAAACGAUUAACUUAUGGAAGACUUGUGUAUUUAUCAAAGGGAUGAAGAGAUAAAACUUUUGCAUAUUCUUACCGAUGAAUGUGUAGCUCUGGGGGUCCUGUGCUUUUCUCACAUGACUACUUAAGUUACAUGAUUCUGCCCUAAUAUAUUUGCUACUGGCAGUGCAGACAGAACAUAUCACUUGUAGAGACCUAUUUUUGUAAUGGUAGAAGUUUUGAAUUUUAUUGGGGGUAUUUUGUCAAAGUACUGAAAUAAAAAACAAGUUCAUUUUAA